AUGAAGUGUUCAUCGAUCAUAAGCCAGAUAUAUGGCGUCAACUUCGAGGAACUGGUGAUCGAAGAGAACGGAAGAUAUGCGGGAUUACAGCAAACAGAAGGCGAUUACGAAACUCUGGGCCAACCAUACAGUCCGCCACAAAUCCACGGACACAACAAUAAGUACAGUAUCGACGAUAUCGUGUACCUGAACUGUACGACUCCUGUCGUGUCGCCGCCGCCACUACUCGAGUGGUUUAUAAAUGGCAGAGAAAUUUCCCACAUAUACUGUAUAUAUCUAUAUGUUAUGGCGCCGAACUCUCAACUAAUCAUUUUCAGUAAACCUAAGGAACCGAACGAUAAUCUAAUGUUUAGUUCAACUAUUUAUGACAACUUCGCCGACUUUGAUGCUCAUAGAAAGAGCUCUGUUUUGGGAUUACGUUUUCAAAUAACUAAAGAACACUAUCAGACAUCUGACGGGAAACUGAGGCUCAGAUGUAGUGCCACUCACGCGACCAUUAUUGGCACCGAUAGGACAGAACUCGUCCUGUUUUCUGGCGGAAGACAGAGCUCAUCGUUAUUCGCUUCUGACGCCACCGCCAACGAUGUUUGA